AUGUCUGAGACUUUCGAGUUCCAGGCUGAGAUUUCUCAGCUCUUGUCGCUGAUUAUCAACACCGUCUACUCGAACAAGGAGAUUUUCCUGAGAGAAUUGGUGUCCAACGCCUCGGAUGCCCUCGACAAGAUCCGCUAUGAGGCUCUGUCCGACCCGUCCAAGCUCGACUCGGGCAAGGACCUCCGCAUCGACAUUAUCCCCGACAAGGAGAACAAGACCCUGACCAUCCGGGAUACCGGUAUUGGUAUGACCAAGGCUGACCUUGUCAACAACCUCGGUACGAUCGCUCGUUCCGGAACAAAGCAGUUCAUGGAGGCUCUGACUGCUGGUGCCGAUAUCUCCAUGAUCGGUCAGUUCGGUGUUGGUUUCUACUCUGCAUACCUGGUUGCCGACCAAGUUACCGUCAUCUCCAAGCACAACGAUGAUGAGCAGUACAUCUGGCAAUCGUCUGCCGGUGGUACUUUCACCAUCAAGACCGACACUGAGGGUGAGCAGCUUGGCCGUGGUUCCAAGAUGAUCCUCCACCUCAAGGACGAGCAGAGCGAGUACCUCAACGAGGCCAAGAUCAAGGAGGUUAUCAAGAAGCACUCCGAGUUCAUCUCGUACCCCAUCUACCUCCACGUCACCAAGGAGACCGAGAAGGAGGUCCCCGAUGAGGACGCUGAGGAAGUUGAGGAGGUUGAUGAUGACAAGAAGCCCAAGAUUGAGGAGGUCGAUGAUGACGAGGAGAAGGAGAAGAAGACCAAGACCAAGAAGGUCAAGGAGACCAGCAUCGAGGAGGAGGAGCUCAACAAGCAGAAGCCCAUCUGGACUCGCAACCCCCAGGACAUCACCCAGGAGGAGUACGCCUCCUUCUACAAGUCCCUCUCCAACGACUGGGAGGACCACCUUGGUGUCAAGCACUUCUCCGUUGAGGGUCAGCUUGAGUUCCGUGCCAUCCUCUUCGUUCCCAAGCGCGCUCCUUUCGACCUGUUCGAGACCAAGAAGACCAAGAACAACAUCAAGCUUUACGUCCGCCGUGUCUUCAUCACUGAUGACGCCACUGACCUGAUCCCUGAGUGGCUCAGCUUCGUCAAGGGUGUUGUCGACUCUGAGGAUCUUCCCCUCAACCUGUCUCGUGAGACCCUUCAGCAGAACAAGAUCAUGAAGGUCAUCAAGAAGAACAUUGUCAAGAAGGCUCUCGAGCUCUUCAACGAGAUUGCCGAGGACAAGGAGCAGUUCGACAAGUUCUACAGCGCCUUCUCCAAGAACCUGAAGCUCGGUAUCCACGAGGACUCCCAGAACCGCCAGAUCCUGGCCAAGCUUCUCCGCUACAACUCCACCAAGUCUGGUGAUGAGCUGACCUCCCUCUCCGACUACGUCACCCGUAUGCCCGAGCACCAGAAGAACGUCUACUACAUCACUGGCGAGUCCCUCAAGGCCGUCCAGAAGUCUCCCUUCCUUGAUGCUCUCAAGGAGAAGAACUUCGAGGUUCUCUUCCUCGUCGACCCCAUUGACGAGUACGCCAUGACUCAGCUCAAGGAGUUCGAGGGCAAGAAGCUGGUUGACAUCACCAAGGACUUCGAGCUUGAGGAGACUGAGGAGGAGAAGGCCGCCCGUGAGGCCGAGGAGAAGGAGUACGAGGACCUCGCCAAGGCCCUCAAGAACGUUCUCGGCGACAAGGUCGAGAAGGUUGUCGUCAGCCACAAGCUUGUCGGCUCUCCUUGCGCCAUCCGUACUGGCCAGUUCGGUUGGUCCGCCAACAUGGAGCGUAUCAUGAAGGCCCAGGCCCUCCGUGACACCUCCAUGUCCUCGUACAUGAGCUCCAAGAAGACUUUCGAGAUCUCUCCCAAGUCCCCCAUCAUCAAGGAGCUCAAGAAGAAGGUUGCCGCUGACGGUGAGAACGACCGCACCGUCAAGUCCAUCGUCCAGCUCCUCUUCGAGACCUCCCUUCUGGUCUCUGGCUUCACCAUUGACGAGCCCGCUGGCUUUGCUGAGCGUAUCCACAAGCUCGUCUCUCUGGGUCUGAACCUGGACGAGGAGGUUGCCGAGGAGGCCGCUGAGGCUCCCGCUACUGCUGAUGAUGCUGCCGCCGCUGCUGGUGACAGCACCAUGGAGGAGGUUGACUAA